AUGACCGCCACUGCACCUGUAACGACGUUUGAGAGCGAUCCACCCGAGGCGCGGACAUGGGCACAGCAGAAUACACUUCCAAAGCUACCUAUACCACCGUUGGAGGACACCUGUAAGCGCUAUCUGAAAGCGCUCGAAGGCCUACAGGAUCCAAAGGAUCACGCGCGUACCAAGGCGGCAGUCGAUGCGUUCUUGCAUGGAGAAGGCCCGAAGAUACAGGAGAAGUUGUUGAAGUGGGCGGAGACGAAGGAUAGCUACAUCGAGGACUUCUGGUACGAAUCCUACCUAUCACACUCGGACCCGGUAGUCCUGGCUCUGAACCCAUUCUUUGUGCUUGAGGAUGACCCCACGCCGGAUCGCGGCUCUCAACUACCUCGAGCUGCUUCUCUCGUCGUAUCUUCUCUUGGGUUCAUCCACGAUCUCCGCAAAGGUAUCCUGGAUCCCGAUACUAUUCGCGGCAAGGCAUUGGAUAUGAGUCAGUACAAGCGACUAUUUGGUACCGCCCGCAUUCCCACCGAGCGCGGCUGUAGGAUGGAGUCGGCGGACGCACGGCACAUUGUCGUCUUGCGGCGAGGACAGUUCUAUUGGUUCGAGGUGCUCGAUGAGGAUGAUCUCCCCGUUCUCACCGAGCGGGAGGUACUUCAGAACUUCCAAGCUAUUGUAAACGACGCGGAUCAACUGCCAAAGCAUGAGGUGUCAUACAACUCCAUCGGUGUUCUUUCAACCGAGAACAGGAAGGUCUGGGCUGGCUUGCGGAGGAUUCUCUCACAGGACCGUACAAACGCUUCUUGUCUUAAAAUCGUCGAUUCGGCCUUGUUCGUUGUCUGUCUCGACGAUGCUGCUCCUAGCGGCCUCGCGGAGUUGUGCAACAACUAUCUAUGCGGGACGUAUGAGAUGAGCGAUGGCGUUCAGGUCGGCACCUGCACCAAUCGUUGGUACGACAAGUUACAGAUCAUUGUGACAGCCGAUGGCGCUGCGGGCAUCAACUUCGAGCAUACCGGCGUUGACGGGCACACUGUACUCAGGUUUGCCGCUGAUAUUUUCACGGAAGGCUUAAUGCUGCUAGCCCGCUCAAUCAACCCUUCCGCUCCAACCCUCUUUCACGCCCCACUCUCCCCGCACGCAAAGUCAUACAAGCGCAAACCUGGGACAGCAUCGCCCAAAGACCGCAUCGACACCUCUCCGCGCAAACUGGAGUGGAAGCUACUUCCCGAGCUGCGCGGCGGUAUCCGGUUUGCGGAAACCCGCAUAAGCGACCUCAUAUGCCAGAAUGAUUGUCAGGCGCUCGAGUUCCGGGGCUAUGGCAAGAACUUCAUCACAACCCACGGAUUCAGCCCGGACGCCUUCGUACAGAUGGCCUUCCAAGCCGCGUACUUUGGCUUGUAUGGUCGCACGGAAUGCACGUACGAGCCUGCAAUGACGAAAUCAUUCCUUCACGGACGUACGGAGGCCAUCCGUACCGUGCAACCGGAGAGCGUGACCUUUGUCAAGACGUUCUUCUCUGAGGCUUCGCCCGAGCAGAAGGUCAACGCCCUUCGCAAGGCGUGCGAGCGCCAUGUCAAGCUCACGAAGGAGUGUAGCCAGGGGCUUGGCCAGGACCGUCACCUGUACGCGCUCUAUUGCCUUCUCCAGCGCGAGGCGCGUGAAGGAACACUCGAGCCGUCUCCCGACGAUCCUCCGCCGUCGCCCACCUCCACGACCUCCAGCGACACUGCCCCGCGCUUCGUCCUUCCCGCGAUCUUCCGCGAUCCAGGCUGGGCACAGCUCAACACCAGCAUCCUCUCGACGUCCAACUGUGGGAAUCCCGCCCUGCGACUCUUCGGCUUCGGCCCGGUUGCCGCUGAUGGCUAUGGCAUCGGGUACAUCAUCAAGGAGAACGGCCUGUCGGUGUGCGCGUCUAGCAAGCACCUGCAGACGCGCCGCUUCCUCGAUACCCUGGCGGGCUAUCUUCACGAUGUACAGCGCAUCUUGGUGUCGCUCAUGCGCGCGGCCAAUGAGCGCGCGGCGCCAUUCGUUGAUCAUGCGGGCAUCCUCCGCGAUUCGAAGACAGGUCGACCGAUCAAUGGCGUCGUAGACCAUGAUCAUGACGACGAUGUUGAGCUCGAAGAGACUAUCUCCGGGUAUUCCUUCUUCGAUAGUCACGAUGUCGACCUUGUUGGCCGAUCGCGCGGGCGCGCUAGGCACUUCAGCGUCGGCAAGGCUAUACCGAUGGCCGAGUAUUGA